AUGUCUAGCCAAGCGAACGGAAAUGCUCCUUUAAGCUCUGUCACAACGUCUCCGUCAAUUGAGAGAUCUCCACGGAAGAGACCGCGCCCUAAUGACAAAGAGGACGAGUCAAGAGACAGAAAAGUCCCUAGAACUUCCGACGUCUCGCCGACUAGCACAGAUUCGAGACUCCUCGCCUGCCCGUAUUCGAAAUUUGACCCAGCCCGGUAUUCAGAACGCAAUGAGCACGAACAGAACUAUCGAGGGUGCUCAAGCUGUUUUCUCAAAGACAUUCCACGCUUGAAGCAGCAUUUAUAUCGUGUCCAUCGGCGACCUGAGCAUCACUGCCCGACCUGCUUCUCAUCUUUUGACUCGAAAGUCGUCUUGGACGCCCACAUUGUCGAGAGAUCUUGUCGGCAGCGCGUCUCUCCCUUUGAAGAGAAGAUGACCCAAGAUCAACUGAUGGCGAUCAAAAGGCGCGAAAUAGGCCGAAAGCGCUCCGAAGCAUGGUUUGGCAUCUACAAAAUCUUGUUUCCGAACUCGCCGUUGCCACUUGAUCCGUAUGUCGACAGCAUGCAAGCGGCUGCGGUGCAGAACUUUAUUGCUUUUUUUGAACGCGAAGGGCGAGUGGUAUUAGCGUCGGAGAUCAAUCAACGCAUGUUUGGCGUGGCCACUACGCCUGCAGAGCAGGACUUCGUCGACAGGGUCCUCACGGAGUCGAUAAAUGUGCUGCUUCAGCGACUUGAUUCGCGAUUCAGACAACCAUCGUUAUUUGAUACUACAGAUGUGUAA